CUCCCCACAGGCCCCCAGCCCGUGCUCCCGGUGCCGCAGCUCUGCGCCCGCUCCUGCCGCUCCCAGCUCAGAGAAACCCCCUGAAAUCCUCACCUCCUUGUUUUGCUGUCCUGGAAACAGGUGAUGUAAAGGAUCUGGAUCAGCUGGCAAAUUUUGAGGAUAAGACAGUUCUGUAAAAUAUCCCAGUCCUCAGUAUUUUUCUUUUCCUCUUCUUUGCCAUCAUCAUUUUUUUUCCCCAUAGAUUCCUCCUGCUUCUUCUUUCCUUAACCAUAAUCCUGCACACUCCCCUUCAGCCAAAACCCUUCCCAGCACACCAACAUCAUCCUGCAGCUCCCGGUUGUCUAAAUCCCUUCUCAACUUCCCUCAUUGCCCCUGUGGGUGUUCAUGUCCUUAAUUACCUCUGGGAGAAUGUGCAAACGACCUCAACAUGCUCACCUUUUGCAUAUAAAUACAAUAUUCAUGGCACUGUUAAGUCUUUGUUUUUCUUCUCAAAAUUCAGAAAUUUAGCAGGAGCUUGACUGAGUAGCAGUUCCUGUCAAUUAAUAACAUUUUCUGAAACUGAUGGUUUCUUCUGUCACUUCUGUCUACAAGUCCUUGGUCCUAUCUCCAAGCAGGUUCACACCAUGUUUGUAAAGUCACUUUCAUCUCAUUCCUUUCAACACGAUGGGAAAGACAGGGAGAAUCCGUAAAAACUCACCCAGACUGAGAGAGGGGGCUGGGUCACCCCCAAACUGAGCCGGAGGGAAGAUGGGGUAUGGGAGGAUGGUGGCAAAGGGGUGGGAAAGGAGGAUAAGGGGAGGGGGGAUAGUAGGAAAGGGGUUCCUGGGAGGGGUUGUCCCUUUGUUUCCCCAUCACUUGAUCCCUGGAGGGAUUCCCCGGAGCUCUGUGAAGGUAUGGAUCUGCACUCGGGGGGUGGUCCCCAAAUCACCUGGAGUGGUUCCCCUCCACUCAGCAGCUGGUGCUGUGGCUAUGGGGCAGACAAGUGUGGGAAAGGGGCAUCCAGGGUAGGCAUAGAGGAGAAGAGGAAGAGGGAGAGAGGAGAAGGAGGAACAGGAAUCAGAGCAGAAGAAGCAUGAGGUUCCCUCCCAGAAGUUACCAGGGAGGUGAAGCUUGCCCAAAUAUAUCAGGGAGUCCUGUAGUGAUUCUUCUGAGAGGAGUGUUUGGAGUUUGCAGAUUCCAGAAUGGAGACACAAAUAUCUUUGUGGUUACUGGGAGGGCUUGGUUUCCUGGGGAUCUUGCAGGAUCCCAAAGCUGAGUUGCAGAUCCCCCUUUGGGGGUCCAUGUGAUGUUCACGAGGUACUGGCAGUGGGAGGACAUCAGUCUUGGGUACCCCCUGGGUGAGUGGUGGAGGGGUAAUGCAAAACACCUGGGGUGGGAAAAGUGGAGAGGGAUGAUCCCAGAGCUGGGUGGGACCCAGCAGCCUGAAGGAGGGAGGAGAAGAUCCUGGAGUGUGGGGACCCCUGGGAUCCCUGGAACCCCAGAAACCCCAGAGCAGAGAGUCAGAAGAGAAGGGAUCACUGGGACCCUCAAAACCCCUUGGAUCAUCUGUAGGCAAGACCCCAGAGAGGGGGAAUCCCAGGAGCCACGGGACCCCCAUCAGCCUAGAGAAGGAAAAUCAGCAAACCCCAGAGCAGAGAGACAAGAGAGGUGGAUCUCCUCCAAGAUUAUUUUGGAACCUGGUGCUUCACAGAUUUUUUUGGACACAAACCCCCUGGAGACUUCCAGAGAUGGACCUCUGCAGGAAGAACCCCCAGGCCAAGGUACUCACACCUUGUUUUUUCCCCCAAACCAGGAUUUGUCAUUACCAAGUUGUGGCCAGAUGGAGGAGGAGGAAAAGCCCCGGGCAUCCCACACAAGGAGGAGCUGCAAACCAAGCACAGGAAGCUGCAUGGAGGAAAGACCCACCCUGUGCCAGGAUGGUGACCAGAGAUCCAGCCAGAGCUCAGAGCUGGGGGAGAAGUCUCAGGCUGAGGAGAAGCCCCACAAGUGCUUGGAAUGUGGAAAGGGCUUCAGGAUUUGCCAUUCUCAAGCUGUGGCCAGAUGGAGGAGGAGGAAAAGCCCUGGAGAUCCCACACAAGGAGGGGCUCCAAACCCAGUCCUGAGAGCUGCAAGGAUGAAAGACAUCACUACGUCAGGACGGCAGCUGGAGAUCCAGUUGGAGUUCAGAGCUGGGGGAGAAGUCUCAGGCCUGGUAGAAGCUCAAGUGCUUGGAAUGUGGGAAGAGCUUCAGUUACAGCUCCAACCUGAUCUGGCACCAGAGAAUCCACACUGGGGAAAAGCCCUGCAAGUGUGGGCAAUGUGGGAAGAGCUUCAGGUGGAGCUAUGAGUGUCCCAAAUGAGGGAAGAAAUUUCAGAUCAGCUUCUCUCUUUGUACAUCAGCAGAUUCACACAGAGGAGGGGCCCUUCAACUGCAGGAAGGGCUUCAAGUGAAACGCCCACCUUGUCAGGCACUGGUGCAUCCACACAGGGGAGAGGCCCUAGGAGUGUCCCAAGUGUGGGAAGAGCUACUCACAGAAGUCUCACUUGGCCAAACAUCAAUGGAGGCACCAGUAAGGGAAGCCCUGCGAGUACCCCAAGUGCGGGAAAAGCUUUGUGUGCUGCUCCAGCUCCAUCCCCCAUGGGAGGAUCGGCGUUGGAUGAUCCCCAGUGACCCCUGUUGGGCAGAGCCCUGGUGAUCCGUGUUGGGAAGACACCUGACUCAUGGUCUUCUUGUCUUCUUGGCUCCCCAUGGGCACCAAGAUGAACACAGGGGCAGGAGGAUUCCUGCUGCUAUUCCUGUUCCUGCUCCUCCUCUUCCUCCCACUCCUCCUCCUCCGGCUCCUCCUGCUCAUCCAAUUUUCGAAUCCCACCUCCUUCUACUCUUCUUUCCAGCCCUUCUCCUGCUCCUUCCUCUGCCCCCCUCCUCCUCCUCCAUCCCUUCUCCUGUUUCCUCCGGGUCUGGCCCCCACCCUUGCCCCCACCUUCUCCCAAUUCCUAUGCAUCCCGUGGGAGGAACUAGUUUGAAGCCAGGGCAGUUCUGGCCAAGGCGGUGCUGGGCUCUUGACCCAGCGUGGGUGCCCGCCACGCGCCCCCUGCCCAAAUUUCCCAUACGGCUUGAGGGUCCCGGCACCUUUUGGGGUUCGCUGGGUGCUGUGUUGGGGUUCAGGUGCCUCGUGAGGCCACUCCCAGAGUGAGGUGACAUGGGGGUCCACAUUCCCGAUCCAUCCCAUGCCCCAUUCGGUCUCCCCAAUCCCAAAUCCCCCACAGGAUCCCCCCCAAGUCUUUCCCCACUGCCCCCCAAUAAACGGGACAGGGGCGAACUGGGAAGCUGUAUUGGGAACACUGGGAGGGCCAGGCAGGAACAGAGUGACAGCGGGGCUGGGGGGACACACGAUGCCCCCAAAAUCAGCGCAAGGUCGGAGCGGGGGGUCCCGGCCAGGCCUGAGGCCACAGGGAGGGGCUGCAGCAGCAGGCUGAGGAGCUCUGUGGGCAGAGAAAAUGGGGUGACACCAGGCUGGGGAGCCCUGGGAGAGCACACAUGUUGUAGUUGAUAGCUUGAAAUGUAUCUUUUCCCAUCUUUUAGUUGUAAUUUCCCACCCCCGCCCCCAGCUUCUUUCUCCUAAUUGUUUACCUGGUGUCAAGUUACCACGGUUACUGAAGUUUCUCUCCUCAUCCCCACGGCAGAGGGGUCGAAUAAAGAGAGGACCCUGCUGGCAUUUCCAGCUGCUUGAAGUUUCUUUAGCCCAGGAGACCCUUCUUUCCGACAUGGAAGUUUGUAACUUUGUUUUUCCUGUCCCAGAAUGCCUCUGAGCUAUGGAAGCUGGGAGGGCAUGCUUCCCUUCCCUU